AUUUAGCAACCCAGUUAAAGUAUUCCGAGCUCGAGAUGGGUUUAGUCAAAUACGGACUUUUGCUUACUACGCUUACGCUAGCUUUAGCUGAAACUCAGAAUGAUUGCGUUGUACCGAUCGCCUCAAGGCGUCAUCUUUACAUACAAUGGCCGCUGAUUUAUAAGCCCGGCGGCGAGUUGUACCCAGUACAUUUGGACGCAGAGCAACAGACAGCAAGUGUACACUUACCUGUCGGCGAAGAAGUCUUGCUCUCAUGUGGACCAAAUUAUCUAAAAAAAUUUAAUCGUGCAGAGACGUUGAGCGUAAAAUGUGAAAGCGACGGCAAGUUGAAAUCAUUGAGUUCGGCUGCUGACAUACAAAAUGAAGCAAAGCCAGUCAGUUAUUAUGGCUGUGAUUUGCGUGUCGUCGAAGAAGUGCUAAGCACAGUAAAUGACUGCAAUAAUCAGGCUUGGACGCCGGUUGCAUUCGGAUAUGUGAAUCCAUGUCUUACACACAUAAUCGGCGAGGCGUGUUAUGAUGAGAACGAGGGGCGUACCAUAUUCGCGCAUAUCAAGCUGAGCAAUACUUCAUACCUGCAACGGCUGCCAAAAGACUUUCUCACAAAGUUUCACCAUCCCGAUGGACGUUACAAAAGUGAGCUUUUCCGCGGUCUAAGUUUCGAUGAAAUCUACGAGCGUGUGCGUCAAACCUUGCACACGAAAUCUGCUCCUUUCUUACAUACAACCAACUUUGUGGACGAUUUCUUCAUAACGAAUCCGCAAUUCCAAGCCGUCAAGAAAUUGAGUUGGAAUUAUUUUGUUGCACAUGAUGAUCUUGAAGCCUGGACCGAACUCAAGCGCAACAUACUAGCACAUCGAAAUGCCGUUAAAGAUGAUCUGGACAUUUAUGUGGGGAGUCAUGGCAUACAGGUGUUACAUGGCCUUAAUGGUGAACAAAUGAAGCUCUAUCUUCAUCCAGAAUCGGGCAAGUAUGGAAAAUUCCCAGUACCAGAACUUUUGUGGAUCGUUGUAAAGGAGGAAGAUAAAGCAACGGCUUUUGGUGUGUACAACGAUGCAAAUGCGAAUGCGUUGCAAGGGAUUCUAUCGACCACGUCGCAUGCGCCAAUUUGUGAGAGCAAAUGUGGUGAGAUCACUUGGCUUUCAGAUGCUUUGAAAAAUAGUGGGCUUAUCUGUUGUAGUGUGCCAGAAUUUAGAAAAGUUGUGAAGGAAGUGCCCGCCAUAACAGAAGAAAAUAGUCCUUUUUAAAUAUUUAAAGCUAUGGAAUUGAUUACUAAAUAAAUAAAUUUAAAAAAUAGGUAA